CUCCAGCAGGCUUUGGUGCCGGUCGGCCCCAGCUGGGCUCCAAGACAGAGCGACACAGAGACACAGUUAAGAGUGAGUGAAAGAUACAAGGAAGGAGAGAGACGGUUUGGAGUGAAGAAGAAAAGAACCACGAGCUGUAACUAUGAACCCUCCUGGGAACACUUAAUCUUCAGUCGCUGGCCAAGAGAAUGGGUGCUGAGCUGAAGUAGAAAUGGCCUCGGACAGAAUGGCGACUCCUCAGAGCAGCUCCAGACAGAGCAGCUCGCUCUCUUCAUCCCCCAUGAGUACCCGCAUGCAGUCCCUCCAGGUUGACUCGGUCCAGCGCUGGAUGGAGGAUCUCCGCCACAUGACGGAGGUGGAGUGUAUGUGCGUCCUCCAGGCCAAACCCAUCGGGGUGGAGGAGGACGCCCAGCAGGGAGAGCUGAUCGUGUCCUCGGGCGUCGGUGCAGGCGACCACGUGGCCAGGAACAACCUGCAGACACUCCUACGUCGAGCGCUUGUGGUCAGCACGGAGCUCGGGAAGAUGUUCCAGCGGCUGGAGAAAGGUCGCUGGCAGAGGGUCCACAGCACCGCCGUGAGGGCCAACUGUCACGUGCGCUCACUGGUGCAUGAGUACGGCGCCGCGCGGAGUACACCACCUGAGAUGCAGAAGUACGAGAAAUCCCUGCUGGAAAAAUGUAUGGAGCUGACCAACAUCACAGAGAGGUGCCUUCACACUGAUGACGAGUACUUCCUGAAGUCCAUGAGAGAGGCAAUCCACGAGAUCCUGACCGACGUCAGCGAUUCUUUCAGCAACAUGAUCGACAUGGCUUUAGCCAAUGAGAUCCGGGUCUUAAUCAAACAGAUCGAGUCGUCGGACAACGUUCUCACCAUCGGCAGUGCCAUCAGCAACCUGCUGUCCCUCACUCAGGACGGACCUCAGCUCUGCAGCAUCAUCGCCAAGGAAGGAGCUGUAGUGGCCCUGUUUAAGAUCUGCAGACAGGACCGCUUCAAAGAGCUGUAUGCACACGCUCUGAGGACUGUGGCCUCCAUCUGCUGCGUGGAGGAGGGCAUCAACCAACUGGACAAGGUUGACGGGAUCCUGUGUCUGGCCGACAUCCUGACCGAUGAGAGCAGCGUAGAAGCAGCGAGGGCGGAGGCGGCGGCGGUCGUGGCUCAGAUCACUUCUCCUCACCACACGUCCACUCAGCACCUCGCCAGCUUCCUGGAGAGCAUGCACGACAUCGUCACGGCGCUCAUCAAGUUGUGUGAGAGUGCCUCCUGUGGUGAAGUUUUCCUCCUGGCGUCCGCAGCCUUGGCCAACAUCACCUUCUUUGACAGCAUGGCCUGUGAGAUUCUGCUGCAGCUCAACGCCAUCCAGAUCCUGCUGCAGGCCUGCAGAGACCGCCAGAGAGUCGACACACCGUACUCCAAAGACCAGGUGGUGACCAUCUUGGCGAACCUCUCGGUCUUAGAGCAGUGUGCGUCUGAAGUCCUGCAAGAACAAGGAAUAGAGCGCCUGCUUCUACUGCUGGGCGAAAAACCAUCCUCUCCCAGUCCAUCGGAGGGCGCCGCCUGCGAGCGUGUUCAGCAGAAAUCUGCUGUCACUCUGGCCCGUCUGAGCAGAGACGCUGAUGUGGCCCAAACAGCCAUCCAACUAAAAGCUGUUCCUCGUCUUAUUGAACUGUGUCGCUCCCCUACUGAGAGAAAUAACAGCGACUCAGUGCUGGUUGCUUGCCUGGCUGCCUUGAGGAGGCUGGCAGCAGGGUGUCCAGACAGCAUCGAAGCAGCAGACCACCAGCAGCUGAUCAAACCGCGGCUAGUCGACUCUUUCCUGCUGUGUUCCAACAUGGAGGAGAGCUUUGUAUGACGGCCUGUGCUGCAAAAUACUGAGAGAGGAGGGCUGGACUAGUGUACAGGAUGUUUCAUUACAGAGGGAGGACUUAUGAGCAGUUUCACUCCUGCUCACUGCAUCAACAACCGGGCAAAAGGAGUGUAACUGUAUUAUGUACAAAAUAUGUAUAUGUACAUAGAAGUCACUUUAAGUCAGUGAUCAAGUUAAAAGCAUUGAAUGUGUAUUGUGUUCUAGAAAGGCGUUUGUGCGUCUGUUUUAUUCGGCUGAGGAUUCAUAUCAGAUUUUUUUUUGUACAAACAGGUGCUACUUUUUGAAAAUGAAAGUGUAACCUUUUGUUUUUUUAUGAAACACACCCUAUGCUACCACUGUGCAAUGUUUACUUCCUUGUCUGAAUAUAUUCUUCUUGUAAAGUUUAAAUAUAUAUCAGUGUAUCAAAAGUAUAUCAAAGUGUAUAAUUUUGCUGUUGUGGGAACAGAGGCAGCUCCUUCACACGAACGGAUCGUACAACCACAUGUCAUCUGAAGCAUUCAGCAUUAAAAUACUAAGAUGUUUGUUCGGUUCCAUUCUUCUUAACCCCUUUAAUUUUGACCCGUUAAAAAAACAUGAAUCAAUUGUACAGGUUCUCAAAGAGCAGCCACUUACUUUGAAUUACCAUUGACACCUAAAAUAUGAAAGAUAGAUUAACUUUCACAUGGUUUUUAGUUUCUGUAAUAUAAGCUUAUUCUUGAAAUGACAGGACACAAACUGUACUUGUUUCAUUUAGGCAUACCGUAAAACUUCAAAUAAAAGCCCAUCCCAAUUUCAGGCCCAGUCCCUCUUUUCCCAGACCUGUGUUGCUGCAUGUUUUGACUAUAAUAAAGGCAGCUCUGGAUUAGAGGCCUCCUGCUCACAGCAUUGUCAUAUGUGAAGACUGCAGUUUCCCAGAGUGUCCACUUGAGGCUGGCUGUAAAAGCAAAGGUAUCUGGAUUAGGUCUCAGAUUAAAAUGCCCAUGUUUACAGCAUAAAUAAAAAUGUUUACAGCCUUGUUCAAACACA